AUGCGUCUACAUUCAUUGCUCGCAGCUGUAGCUGGACCUAUAGUUCUUGCAGCCCCGGCCCCAGUUCCAGCUCCUUUUCCUAAGCCGCAGACUUUGAGGAAUCCCAUAAAUGGAUUGGUGUCCAGUGGCGUAAAUGGAGUCCUUGACAUUGGUAGUUUGACUUCGGCCAUUCCCGCAGUAUUAACCGAUUUGGCGGAUGUAUUGACUGCUGCAGAUACAGUAGAACAGGCGAUUGCAAAUGGCACGGUCUUUGGCACUGACGUGCCGGUGCUUGUAAAGAAGUUAUUUUCGGCUGUUAAACCUACGGCUACACCAACCAGUAUUCCCCAAGCACAGAAAUGGGCUGCUGGUGUAUGGGGUGUAUCUGAUCCUUCUGCUUCUCCAACACCACCGGCAAAUAUCAUUGCAAAUGCUUUAGAGCUUGUCCUUGAUGGCUUCACUUCCAGUGAUCUACAAGCUGUAGCCUCAGGAGCUAGUCCAUUUGCCAACUCGGUCAAUAACGUGAAUGCUCCAGUUUCAUCGUCCAAGAGGUUCUACAAUAACGUUCAUGAAAAUGCACCAUUCUCCGUUGAUGAAAAAACUCUCCGAGCUGCAAUUUAUAUUCCACCUGGAUUCACUUGGGGCAAGAAGCAGCCGGUCGUCAUGUCACCUGGCACUGGUGUGUAUGGCUAUGUCAACUUUGCGUCUAAUAUAGGCAAACUUCUUGCUACAACGGACUAUGCCGAUCCUGUAUAUUUGAACAUACCUAAUGCACUACUCUACGACGCACAGAUUAGUGCAGAAUAUGUAGCUUAUGCGCUUCAAUACUUCUAUGCCAUGACUUCACAGAAACCCGCUAUCGUCACAUGGUCUCAAGGAUCUCUCGAUGCCCAAUGGGCAUUUAAAUACUGGCCAUCAAUCCCCCAAAUCGUCACAGACCACAUCGCCAUCUCACCCGACUACCACGGCACCGCCCUAGCCUACCUCCUCUGCCCCGGUUUCGCCACCGGAAACGACAUUGUCUGCACCCCCUCCAUCCUCCAACAAACAUACGAAUCCAACUUCGUCACCAAACUCCGCUCCAACAACGGCGAUUCCGCAUACGUCCCCACCACCACCGUCUAUUCCCUCACCGACGAAAUCGUCCAACCGCAAAGCGGAACCGCGGCAUCGGGUUUCCUCAACGAUGCGCGUGGCGUCGGCGUCUCGAAUACUUUUCUUCAGGCCGCGUGUGCGGGGCUGCCGGCAGGAGGUUUGUAUACGCAUGAGGGUGUGUUGUAUAAUCCUGUCGCGUACGCCUUGGUGACGGAUGCGUUGAGGAAUGAGGGGCCUGGGUCGUUUGAUAGGGUGGGUGAUCAGUGUGGGAAUGUGGUUGCGCCGGGGCUCAGUUUGAAUGAUGUUAUUGAGACGGAGGCGUUGGUACCGUUGUUUUUGCUUAAUGUUUUAAGUUAUGAGGAUAAGGUUACUAGUGAGCCGGCUUUGAUGGGUUAUGCUACUUAUUAA